ACCAUUAUCAAAUUUAAGAGAAGAUCAAAAUUUUAUGAAAAUACUUUCGAUUGUCAACAAACAAGUCAUGCAUUUAGAUUCAGGUCAAGUUAUAAAUUUAAUUAAAAUGUUUCAUUUGAUGGAGGUUCCUAGUUCAUCAAUUAUUAUGCAAUCUCUUAUACAGUCGAUUAGACUUUCUAUAAAUUUUUUAAAUUUGCAUGAAGUAUAUAUUUUAACAAGAUUAAUGAAUAAAAUGGAACCAACUCAUUUGAGUCAUGCAGUUAGAUUGGCUUUAAUAGAAAUGUUCAAAGUUCAAGUGCAUUUACAACUUAAUACAGAGAGAAUUCAAGAAUUAAAAUCAGCAUUAAUAUAUGCAACAACUUAUGUAAAUGACGAGUCAGUACUAGAAUUCAUAAUCGAAGCUAUAGAAAGUAAUAAAUCGCCAAUUGACCUUAAUAGCUCAGUAAUUUUGUUAUUAAGAUUAUUAAUAAUUUUACUCGACAAUUAUGGAGUCAUGACAAUUUUUAAUAAUUUAUGUAUACAAAUAUUAAAAGGGAACAAUGAAAGUUAUAAUUCUCGGUUGAUAGAUGCAAUUGUCAAUGUGAGUGUAGUUCAUAACUAUGGAUUACAGAAAUGGUUAACAAUAUUAAAUUUGUUAAAUAGAAUCAGACAUGUAAAUAUACAAUUAUUAGAGCAUUUAUUAAAUUACUUUUAUGAAAAUCCAUCAGUUUUUGCAAAAUUUCAUCCAACGAGUUGUUCGCUCAUCAUGUCAGGCCUAGCUCAUGCCAAUUAUAAACCAUUACAUUGGAAUGAACUUCAAAAUCUUUUAGUUAAUUAUGUAUGGGUACCUGAUAACACAUCGUUGUAUUCUUUUGUAAUUGAUUUAGCAGCACUAGAUUAUUAUAAUUCAAACAUAUUACAAAAAGUUUUUACCGAUUGUAGUACAACAAAAGUUUUAUCCGGAAAUUCUUGUAGGCUUUUAUACAGAUUAUAUCAUAGCGUUAAAGCAUUAUGUCCAAUAUAUUCUGGACCAUGGUUUUCAAAUGAGACAAUUCAUUUUCUUAAUAACUGGAAAAAUCAAAAAAGUCAUCAAUUGCUCAAGUCUACGCAUUUAAAUUUACCAAUACUUCCUGCAUUGGAGGAAUUUUUAGGCGGCUCUGUUUAUGUGAGAAAUAAUAUAAUAAUAAAUGAAUUAGAAGAACCUAUUGAUCAUUUAAUACUUUUACAAGAUGAACAUCCAAUUGAUAUGGAAUCUAUAUUAGUAAAUGACGCAUCAAAAUCUUUUUAUAACUUAGAAGAUUUUGUUAUUCCUUCUAAUAGUAAAAGGGUCGCAAUUGUAUUGAUAAAAUCUAAAACUCAAUCAAGAAAUUUGUUGACAUUACAACCAUUAGAUUUAUUACGAAUUAAAAUUUUAGAAGCAAUGUCAUUUAAAGUGAUACCCAUAUUUGAAAAUAUAUGGACAAAUAUGUCUGAUUAUAACAGAGUUUUGUAUCUACAAUCUUUGAUCAAAAUACAAAAAAAGGAAAUUUUGAGAUAAGUAAAUAUAAAGAAGAUAUGUAUUUGUUUUAUAUUAUUUUGUUCUAAAGGAAUUUGCAAUCUGGAUAGUCUAUUACGUUUGUCAGUCAAACCAAUUAAAAUACUU